AUGUUCAAGAUUCUUCUUCGUGGUAUAAGCGACAUAAACAUGAUCGACGGUAAUGGCGUUGGAAUUUUGCACCAUCAGCUGAUAUUGGAGCGUCCUGAGUGGCUGGCUUGUCUCCUCGAGAGGCCUGGUGUCAACCUCGACCUGAUGCCGCUGAAGGAUGGCGAAUUGGGUAUCCCCCCUCUAGCGUUCGCGGCAGGACAUGGUUACUCUACUUCUGCUGAGAUGUUGCUUGCUGCCGGCGCGACACCAGGAUAUGUCCCUGGUCAGGCCGAACUUCUCCCGCUUCAUUACGCUAUUCAGGCUGAGGGCGCGGGAGAUGCACGCAUGACGCGGAUUCUUCUUGAGUACGGCGCCCCGUUGAACACGCUUGAGAUACAUGCGGGCUGGGGUAGAAGGUCCGCUCUGUCGAGGGCUGUCUCAACCAAAAGUGAGAGCAUCGUGCGGAUGCUUCUUGACUAUGGCGCAGACCCAACAAUGGAAGAGGGUUGUGGCGACCGAGGACCACUCCAUCUCGCUGUCAAGAGGAAUUGCCCCGCCAUCGUCCGCAUGCUCAUGGAGCAUCCGCUGCCGCCGGAUCCCAACUACAUCCCCGAACACGGUGUCCAUGUGCUCAUUCAUGCGGUUCAACCCGGAAAGGGUGCUGAAAUGACGAAGCUCCUACUGGGUUACGGCGCAGAUACCCAAAUUUUCCAUCGUCCAGCUCAGGCGGAGAGCCCUCUACAUUAUGCUGCUGGUGAUGUCUUUUAA